AACAUAGGUCGUUCGGAGGGUAGACAUUUUGUUAGCUUCUGAGCAAAAUAAACUGUGGCAAGCAGUCUUAGGGCAACUUGGUUGCCAUUGAAGUUGCUCUUUGUCGCCUGACAGUUGAAGGCUGUAACAAUGUGGUAUGAAAUUCUGCCCGGCGUCGCCGUCAUGACCGUGUGUCUGAUCAUUCCUGGCGUCUCCACCGCAUUCAUCCACAAGUUCACCAACGGUGGAAAGGAAAAGAGAAUCGCUCGGGUCCCGUGGCAGUGGUAUCUGAUGGAGAGAGACAAGCGAGUGUCAGGAACAGGAAAGUACUACGACUCCAAGGGACUUGAAAACAUCCACUGAUGACAAAGAAUAUGAAGACCCAGAUGAGAAGAAAGUCCUUUAUUGUACAUCAGAAGCUUUUAUUUCACAUUCAGCUGUUUGUUUUUUCAGUUGUUCCUGUUGUCAAUUAAACUGUCCAUACUGGAA